AUGCCUGGCCCAAAACCUUUUCCGCAGUACUCCAUACCAUUUACUGGGGCGGCAAGCAGCAGCGGCUCUUUCCAGUCUCGCAUGCCAACACCUCGUUCCCACUACCGAGAACUAUAUCCUAAUAAUGGACCAAAAGGCUCGAAACGACAAAAGACUACCCACGAUCUUCUAGUGUUUUCGACUCCUGCUAGGCCUUCUGCAGUACAGCCCGAGCCACCAUGCAACCGACUGCCACAGCUGCGUCCGGAAAACAAGCGCCGGCCGGCUUAUCAGGCGGAGGCUGCGACGUACGAGUAUAAAUUUGCGCAGAAGCUUGCUACGUGCGAUGAUAUUAUUGAGAGCGAUGAGACAGUUGGCUGUUCCGAUUAUGAAUCUCCUGAGCAGGCUGACAAUGCUGAGCCUGUCCCACGCCUGCCGUGGCAAGUGCCAGGACCACUAAAGAGGCAGCCAGAUUUUGAGAAAAAUGGCCGAAAUCAGGAAAAAAGCAAAAGAUUCAUGUCAAAUGCUCUCAAGAAUAGAAGCUAUUCGUACGACACUGAGAUUCGCAAUUUGCUGUCACACGCUCCGACUCGGGACUCUUCCGCGGGACUCUUUAGCAUAAGCGACCAUGAGAGCACUACGAGCAUGGACACGAGCCCACCUCCGGAAGAGUGCGGAGAUAGUUAUCGGGAGACAGACUCAGCAGCAGAGAUGAGAAGUAUGAGACGGCGGCAACCAUCACCAUCAGCGGAGGUUAUUGACCGCGAUGUUUGGUCCAUAGGUACAGAGGAAUAUGAACCAGACUUGCAAUAUUCAAUUGCAGAUGAGAUUCUCGAUAUGCAUCAGCUCAUGAGCAAACCGUUUUGGGCCAACGACCAAAGGUGGCUUGCCAGCAUCUCAUGCCCUGUGCCACAAAGUCGACCCACUACCCCCUACUCGAAUGAAAUUAUAAAUAACACAGCAGGUCUGAUCGAAACCAUUGAAUGUAUCAAGGCAAAAGACGGCGAAGAAGAGCAAGCGCGGUUUGCUGCCGCCAUGCGCAGUCGCAUAGCCAAAUUCAUUACAAAUAUACGAGGCGCCUGCACGGCCAUAUGGCAGCACCUCUUUGGCAACCAGACACGCCCACUGAAAAAAGUCUCAUUACACGAAGCAACAGUGCUCAGGAUGCAGAGAUUUGUGAUUCCCCGAUUGGUUUUUGCCCUCGGGCAGGUCUUUACGCUGCUGUGCAACGAGCAGCCCGAAGUUAGGGACCUGGUCCUCUUCGUCUUGGCGGAGAUUAGCAUUGACGUGAAUCGAAUCGCAAAGGUUAUCAAAUGCGGAAUAAGUAAGGGCAAGGAUGAUUCUGAUAAGAUUGUAGAAGUGGAGGAGUUUACGCGUUUACUGGCUGCGGUACAAGAGUGGGCAAAGACUGAGAAGGAUAUGCAGAACGAAGAAGUCGUGAGAUCUAUUGCUCUAUAG